ACAGGGAAUUUUUUUUUACGAAUCGUGCCACUGACGGGGGUUCGCCUAUCUUAUAGUAAUUUAUAAUUCCGAUUUAUUACGAUAAACGGUCUAAGAAAAUUGUAAUAUCACGAAUUAUCCUGAGGUUAUAUAGGCAAUGCUUUUGGAUCUUGGUUUAGAUCAUUAGAACUGGGUUAUGAAAUUAUAGACAGUAAACCUGUUGCAUUCCGGCAACMCCUAAGAUCAGCCGGUAGAGUACACUGAUUACAUUAAAAAAAUCCUUGUUGUAUGAAUAAGAAUCACUGCUUGCUUCGCUSGCUUAAGACUCGCUACGCUACGGCAGCAAGAUAACAUUAAGGAUAGUAAAUAUAAGAAAUAUUAAAGACGCAAAAUAAGCUGUAUGAUGUUGUAUGAGUCGAUGGGUUCCCUUUGUAUUUGAGCCCGCAAUAUCAAACGUAAGACCGCAUACAGUGAAAACACGUGCAAGAGCUCGGAAACAGGACAGCAGUGGUGUAGAAAAACAGUGAUUAAAAAUUACAGCAUCUUCACUAUCCACUCUAGUCAAUAAUGGAUCAUCCGAUGAAUUCCAAAUCUGAAGACAAGACUCGUUCUUUCAUGGAGUGUUAUCUGCAAGUUAUUAAGGGCGAAUGUUCGCUUGCAAUGGAGGAUAUCGGACAGUGUAUUGUCGACGUUACGCAGGACAAUUACACCAAAACUUGCUCAGUUCAAAUUCGAUGUGGAAACGAUUUUUCGCCGAAUUUUCGGGUUACUGGCGAUACAAAUCAUUGUCAAGUUGGUCGUCUUCGAUACCUUGUGGAUCUACCGCAGCACUGUUGUAGUGCCGUCAUAACAUUUCAACGACAUGAGGAGGUGACAGAAUUUAAGACAAUGCUAUCAUCAGCAACUGAAAAGCUGCAAAACAAGUCAUUGUUUUGUGAAAGAACAGAGGAAGCAUCAGCUACACAGUACUUCCAGUUUUAUGGUUAUCUUUCCCAACAACAGAAUAUGAUGCAGGACUACACAAGGACGUCAACAUAUCAGAAAGCUAUGCUUCAGAAUCAUGUUGAUUUUGAAGAUAAGGUUGUAAUUGAUGUUGGUGCUGGUUCAGGAAUCCUGUCAUUCUUUGCUGUCCAGGCAGGUGCAAAGAAAGUAUAUGCAAUAGAAGCUAGUUCGAUGGCCAAGCAUGCUGAGCUGCUAGUCAAGAAAAACAAUCUUGAAGGGAAAAUAAUUUUAGUUCCAGGAAAAGUUGAAGAGGUUCAUAUACCAGAAGAGGUCGAUAUAAUUAUCUCUGAACCAAUGGGGUAUAUGUUGUAUAAUGAACGUAUGUUGGAGAGUUAUUUACAUGCAAAGAAAUGGCUCAAACCAGGAGGAAAAAUGUUCCCAACCCAAGGUGAUCUACAUAUUGCUCCUUUCUCUGAUGAUGCAUUGUAUAUUGAACACUUUUCAAAAGCAAAUUUCUGGCAUCAAAAAUCGUUUUAUGGUGUUGACUUAUCAAGUUUGAGAAAAGCUGCUCUAAAAGAGUACUUCAGACARCCUGUAGUGGACACGUUUGAUGUGCGUAUUCUGAUGGCAAAACCAAUCACACACACUGUUGACUUCUUGACAUCAGAAGAGGAUGACCUUCACAGGAUUAACAUCCCCGUCAAGUUUUCUCUGUUAAACAGUGGUUCUCUGCAUGGACUGGCUUUCUGGUUUGAUGUGGUGUUUCAGGGAAGUCAGCAACCGGUAUGGCUGUCAACAGCUCCACAUGAACCUUUAACUCACUGGUAUCAGGUGCGCUGCUUGUUGGAAACUCCUAUCUUUGUUAAAGCUGGUCAGACAAUAACAGGGACUGUACUCCUUAUAUCUAAUACAAGACAAAGCUAUGAUGUAGAGUUAGAYCUUGGGCUUGAAGGUACUACCAUUCGUUCCAAGAAUACAGUGGAUCUGAAGAACCCGUACUUUAGGUACACUGGCUCAACUCCACAACCACCAGCUGGAUAUAACAACGAAUCACCAACUGAUGUGUACUGGUCCCUAACCAGCAAUGGAGACACACACAAUGCUACUGAAAACUUGUCUCAAGAUGGAGGAUGUGGCCAAGGUGUUAUCCUCACAGACAAUGUUGUUGGUAUGCAGUCAAACUCAUUUUAUAACAAUACAGGUAUAACUGGAUAUGUUGGAGGAGGGCACAAUCAGUACUGGUCUUCAGGCAAUGCUAUUAACAUCUCAAGUCUGCCAACCAUACAAAACUAUACAUCCAGCUUUGGUGCCAUGAGUUAUGCCAACACAGGUUCCAGCUACAUAGCCAGCAGUCAACCCGCAAUGACUUACAGUCAUACAACGUCGCGGAACCUACUAAGUGGACAACAUGGCCGACCUUAUCAAUCAGGGUAUUCAAGAAAUAGCAGCACAUCAAGAUGAUUUAACUGUAAUAAUAUUAGAUAAUUAAGAAAUAACCAUUGGUAAUUCGCAGUCUCUUAAAGGGUAAUGGUUUAAAUUCGGGUUUCCCAAUUAUUUAUAUGGUAUACUGUAUUACAUAUUUGGCAGGUAAUGUGUAACAUUGCAUAAAAUUACACUCAUAUUGAAUGUUUUUUAUCAAGUUGAAUGAUGUAUGUAUAGUAUGUACAUACACUAYGAAUGGAGAGAUGUAUGAACAUUUCUGGCACAGGUAGCCCAAUUAGCAACAAAAUAAURAGAGUGUUAUAUUUUGACUGUGAAAAAAGUCAGUAGUAGGCUCCUUGCCCUUUAUCAUCUUGUGCAAACUUCAUGUAGGAUGUUUUUUCUUUUCAUGAUUGACAGAAAACCAUACUACCAUUAAUAUCAAUAACUGGUUGUCACAUUAUUAAUUUAGGAGAAAUGUGAUGAAACAUCUCUAAUGUACUACUUCACUGUAGUACCUAUUCCCAUCUAUUCCAAAAUAUUUGGAAAGGAGAUCUAAAUUGUCAACUUAUCUAAAAUUGAAUAUCACAUGAAAGACUGGACUACUUCCGUGUUUGAGCCCUGUUUACUUGAAUAACCACCAAAGUGAAAGAAUGUAUGGUGUUUGGGAAGAAUGUAUGGUGUUUGGGGAACACUGUUCUGAAGUUCCACUCCUUUUCUGGAUUUUGGAAUGGCUAGUUGUCAUAGUGUCUAAUUUGCUACUUUCAGUUACUAAAUUUCAUGAUGCCAAGUGUAAUUCCACUAGUAAGAAUCUAUUGUAGAUGAACAAGACACUUUAGCAGCAUAAAUGUCUCAUGUCUAGUUGUGCUUGCGAUAAUAAGAGUGGUCAAAUUACACAAGACAAUGAUUAACUCAUGAUAAUUUCAGUCUGUCAUUUUUCAUAGGUUAAGUAUGAUUACUUAUUAGACUGAAACAAUUUUAAAUGCCAUUCUUUUUAGUUCUAUUGGAGUGUAUAAAAUUUAUAAUAAAAGUAUUCUUUACUACUGUU